UUUGACCCCGGAAGUCCAGCCGAGCGCAGAGCCAGGCGUGAUUUGCGACUGAGCCGUAAAGGUGCAUGGGAAUAUGGCGCUGUACGCGGCUGCGGCGGCCGUGCUGGCGGGCGUGGAGAGCCGCCAGGGCUCCAUCAAGGGGCUGGUGUACUCCAGCGGCUUCCAGAACGUGAAGCAGCUGUACGCGCUGGUGUGCGAGACGCAGCGCUACUCCGCCGUGCUGGACGCCGUGAUCGCCAGCGCCGGUCUCCUCCGCGCCGAAAAGAAGCUGCGGCCGCACCUGGCUAAGGUGCUAGUAUAUGAGUUGUUGUUGGGAAAGGGCUUUCGAGGGGGUGGAGGCCGAUGGAAGCCUAUGCUGAGCCGGCACCAGGCAAGGCUCAAGGCUGAGUUAGCCAGGCUCAAGGUUCAUCGGGGUGUGAGCCGGAAUGAGGACUUGCUGGAAGUGGAAUCCAGGCCUGGCUCAGCCUCUCAGGUGCCUCGAUUUGUGCGAGUGAACACUCUCAAGACCUGCUGUGAUGAUGUAGUUGAUUAUUUCAAGAGACGAGGUUUCUCCUACCAGGGUCGGGCUUCCAGCCUUGAUGACUUAAGGGUCCUCAAAGGGAAGCAUUUUCUUCUGGAUCCCUUGUUGCCAGAGCUGCUCGUGUUUCCUGCCCAGACAGAUCUGCAUGAACAUCCACUGUACCAAGCUGGUCACUUCAUUCUACAAGACAAGGCCAGCUGUCUCCCAGCCAUGCUGCUGGCCGCUCCACCAGGCUCCCAUGUCAUUGAUGCAUGUGCUGCCCCAGGCAAUAAGACCAGUCACUUGGCUGCUCUUCUGAAGAACCAAGGGAAGAUCUUUGCCUUUGACCUGGAUGCCAAGCGGCUGGCAUCUAUGGCUACUCUGCUGGCCCGGGCUGGAGUGUCUUGCUGUGAGCUGGCCGAGGAGGACUUCCUGACAGUCUCACCCUCAGACCCGCGUUAUUGUCAGGUCCGCUACAUCCUGCUGGAUCCUUCGUGUAGUGGCUCUGGUAUGUUGACCAGACAGCUGGAGGAGCCAGGGGCAGGCACACCUAGCAAGGAACGCUUGCGCGCCCUGGCAGGGUUCCAGCAGCGAGCUCUAUGCCACGCGCUCACUUUCCCCUCCUUGCAGCGCCUCGUCUAUUCCACAUGUUCCCUUUGCCAAGAGGAGAACGAAGAUGUGGUGCAAGGUGCCCUGCAGCAGAACCCAGGGGCCUUCAGGCUAGUUCCUGUCCUGCCCUCCUGGCCCCACCGAGGCCUUAGCACUUUCCCAGGUGCCGAGCACUGCCUCCGGGCCUCCCCGGAAACCACACUCACUGGUGGCUUCUUCAUUGCCGUCAUUGAACGGGUAGAGGUGCCAAGCUCAGUCUCACAGGCUGAAGCACUGGCACCGGAACUUAUGCCUAGCCCGGCCCCAAAGAGAAAGAAAAGACGGCGGAAAGCGGCGGCUGGUGCUAGCACAUUGCCUGGCACGUAGCAGGUGCUCAAAGCCUUUGACUUUUUCCUGGUAGGAGAUGAAGAUGCCAGUCCGCCUCUCUACUGAGAACCCACGGACCCUCAUACCCAGGCAGCAGUUUGGGUUUUGAAAGGUUAUUUUUACUCCUGUAGGAAGUUAACUGGUGACCCUGUUUCUGCAGCUGGAAAGACAGAGUGGAUUUCCCAGUCCUUUGGGUCCCUCUCCCUGGCCUGUGUUUUUGCUGGUGAGAGAAGUGCUGCCCACAAAAAUAA